CAGAAAUGGGACCUGGACCAUUCAAACUCUUGUGUGUCCUGCAGCUGGUGAUUGCAGGCUUCACCAGAGCAGACCCGGUCAUCGACACUAUUCUGACAGGAUACGUUUCAGGCCAGAUUCCUUCAGGAGUAUCACUACCAAUGACUGUUGAUUAUCAGAUCAGUCUGACUCCAUUUUCUGUAGUCGAAGAACUACAAAUGAACAUGGAGGUCAUAUAUCAAGAGAAACUUGUGUGGACUUUUCCGAGUCUGGCUUAUCAGGACAACCCUGCAGUUCCUGCCAAAUACAAGACUGCCCACGUCAGUUUAAACUCAGUGAUUGGGCGAAUAUGGCGGCCAGCCGUCCACAUUACUGCGAUGAUCAGGAGAGAAGCCAAAGACCGGAGCUUAAUCUUGUACCCAAACGGAACUCUGGAGUUCACCUCGUACAACUUUGUCGCACUUCACUGAGAAAUGAAGGUGAGGAAGAUUCCAUUCGACCGCCACGAGUGUCAAUUUACAUUCUACCUGAGCAACGAAGACGACUCUGUGCUUGUGCUGAGCGGAGUACAAGAACCUUCAUCAGGCCAGAGCCAGCUCAGCAAUGACCAAGAGUUUGUCGAGCAAUGGAGCUUGCAGAACACUGUGUUUGACAUCCGAGUGAAGCCUUUCAAAGAGAACAACGUAUACUUUGGCUACAGCAACAGAACCCACAGCGGAGUCAAGAUGACACUUGAACUUGACAGGAGGUAUGGGUACUUCCUAAUUUACUUUUUCUUUCCCUCGCUGUUAGUUAUAUUCUUGACAUAUGCAGGUUUUUGGCUUGACAAAACAGCAGUCCCAGCGAGAGUGUCGAUUGGAAUAACUCCAAUCCUGAUCACUCUGAACUUGGUUUCAAAAGCCAACUUCAACGUUCCGGCCACUUCCGAGUUGACUUGGAUGUCUCUGUUCUUUUUAGGAAUCUUCGUGUUCACAUCGUUCGGGAUGCUGGAGUAUGGAAUUCUGAAUUUCUGCAAUACUUUUUACGUGGGAAGGAGGAAAGAAAUUAAUGACAACAUCAAUAAACUCAGGAAAAGAGAGGAAAAAUAAGGAAAUAAAAUAUCUUGAGGAAGCUAGGAGAAAAGCUAGCAAAGAAAACUCAUCAAGUGACUCUGAUUCAAAGUCAUCCCACCAAAUAAAGGACCAAUCAGAGGUGAAAUUUUCCAACGAUCGUAGUAAUACACCUGAAUUUACUGAGAAGAGGGAGGAUAACAAGGAAGACCAAUCUGAAUCUAGCAUUGAUCACCAUAAAGCUUUUGAUAUAGACACUUCUAACGAUAACAAAAGCGAGAAUAAUAAAGAACAUGAAGAAGAGACUGAAAAAGAAAUUGACAACGAUACCAAUAAGGAAAGCGAAAUAGACUCAAUCGCACCAAAGAGAUUACAAUUUAAUCUUGAUGAAAAGCACAAAGGAGUCUCUUCAUUGAGAAUUAAAAAUCUGGAUAUGAGAGAGCCAUCUAACCAAGAGCCCUUAAGGCCUAUAGCUAAGAAAGAUAAAACUUCAGGUAAAAGUGUAAAAUUUGCUGAUCAAAGGAGAAGUUCAAGUCAUUACUUUGAUGGUAAUCUUGAGCUGUCAAAAGCUCUCGAUCAAAAGACUCAAACUCUUGUCCCGAACUUACUUGGUGUGCAUAAUAUGGGUAUACUCAAGAGCAGAUUUGGUUCUCCAAAUGGUGCCAAUAAUCUUGAUGCAAAUAACAUAAGUAUAAGCAAAUCUAGCUUUGUAAGUUCUUCAUCGAGUGAUUCUUCAUUAUCCUCUUCCUCUGAAAGUGAGUUUGACAACACCAAGCUUUUACCACCAGGAGUGGAAAAUAGGAGGAUGAGUAAAUCCUUCAUCGUAAAUUUUGCCACCUCAGAUAAACCUUGGCUAGAGCCGAAGCUCAAAGACAGUAAGACCAAGCUUAUCAACAAGAGUCAUAACAAUUUGAUUGGAGAACUCAAAGCUGAAAAGAAUGGCCGAGCCUCAGUGAAUUCUUUAAAACGCAAGAAGACGUAUAGCAAGAACGAUCCAGAAAUUUACAAGACCUUUGUUAACCAGGCGAAAGAACUGUACCCAAAGAUGUACCGGAAUAAAAACAUGGCAAUAACAAGCAGUAAAAAUAUGAGGAAAACUGAUAAGAAGAAUAUGAGGAUCAUCAAGAAAAUUAUUAAUUUGGAAAAUACAUUCUUUUUCCAUUUCUGAGACUUUAUAACGUUCAAAUUUGAGUACUACGUGAGGAUAUUCUUUCCUCUAACGUUUGUUUACUACCUGAUUACGAUCUUCGUCAGCCUGAGUGAUAUCAAACCACUGAUAUAUUCAUUGAUCAUUCUGGAGAUUCUUUCCAUAAUCGGCCUCAUGUUGUUCUUUAUUGUUAAGGCCAGGCUCCAAAAAGUGAAAAAUAAGUAGAAUAGUCACACAGAAGAACUUUAUAUUCAAUAAUAUUAU